AUGGCUUCCACUUCUACAGAAACAUCACCGCUCCUACCACCGCCAACUCCCUCGAGCUCCACUUCUCCCAAACCACAAAGAACCGUCACCUUUAGUCCACACACCACCAUCAAUGACCCAAACAGUCCUACAGACUCUACCUCACCUCUGCGUCCAGCUCCUCAAUCCUCUCCGAGUUUCCCUGCUAUUGGACAUUCGUCUGCCGGCCCGCCAAAGCUCUCAGCACUGAACAGCAAGCUCCGAAGGAGGAACAGUCAUGGCUCUCCGCUUUCUCAGCCGCCCAUGCUACCUCCAGCUUCCAAAAUCGGACCUCAGAGGACGACAAAGAAUGCGCAGAAGCUAAAACUCUUACCGAAUCCAGAUCCUGGAGAGGAUGGACCGGACGAAGAAAGUGGAAGGGAUGUCUAUUCGCAAUUUACGAGGAUAAAAGACCCAACCGCAAGAAGAGAUGCAGCGAGGCUGGGGAAAGCAGACAGAGACAAGCUCCCUCGGGUCACGGCCUACUGCACAGCGAGUUCGUACCGACUAGACGGCCUCAUGAAAUACCUCAAAGCCAAGGGUCGGACACGGGGCGCCAACCCGAAACUGUUCGACGAAUGCAUAUAUUCCCCUUUCAGUUACGGUCGCCCCAAAGGCAAGAGCAGACCCUCCAACGCCAGUGACACAGACAGCCCCGACCUCGAUGAGCACGAGCUCCCCCAAAAUCGAGAGCGCAGGUACUCCGACUCCGCCCUCGAAGUCGAUGAAAACGCCCACACCCGCCGGGAAGACCUCAUCGAUCUCUCCACCUCCGCCGGCGAUACCACGCUCGAGAACGGCGAAUCUUCGAUUCCCAACCAUACUGCUCUCGAAAUGGAUCAGUCUUCUCCUCCCGCCGUUUCAACUCAGGACUUUGACACCAAAGUUCACACGCCGGAAGUGUUCCUUUUCGAAUACGGCACCGUGGUGAUCUGGGGCAUGACAUUACAACAAGAACAGCGUUUCCUAAAGGAAAUCUCAAAAUUCGAAGCCGAGAAACUUAGCGAGGACGAUGUGCAGACAGAGAAUUUCAAUUUCUAUUAUACCCGUGAAUACCAGGCUCGAAUUUACAACGAUUUUAUAUCCCUCCGAGAGAAGAAGAACUACAUGAUCAAAAUCGCCAUCUCCCACGCAUUAGCCCAAAGCGUCAAAACCUCUCUGUUCGAAGACCUAUUAACAACUACCAUCACCAUGACCUCUCCCCUACCCGCCGAGAUUGCCUUGACCGGCUCCAUAUCUCUCUCCCGCCGGCAGAUCCAUCAACAAAUCGGACAACUUUUCAUAUUACGCAUCAACAUACAUCUCCAAGGUUCCGUACUCGACAGUCCGGAGCUCAUGUGGGCGGAACCAAGUUUAGAACCCGUGUAUGCGGCAGUGAGGAGUUACCUAGAAAUGGACCAGAGGGUGGGAUUGUUAACGGAGAGGUUGAGCGUUAUUGGGGAUUUGCUUGCCGUGUUGAAGGAUCAGGUAGGGACGAAGCAUGGGGAGUAUUUGGAAUGGAUCGUCAUCGUCCUCAUCGCGGCCGAGAUCCUGGUUGCGGCAAUCAAUAUCGUUGUGGACUUGUACGCUGGCGUCGACUAA